AUGGCAGAGAUGCAGGAGAAGAACGUCCUUGGGGAUUCCCAGGAGAAGCUUACACGCCAGCCUGAAGACAAGGAGACUCAGGAAGCAAGGCCUGAAAGUCCCACAGAGCCAACAGGAGCUAAAAAUUUGGGUGAAAAGACACAGGACGCCUCUCAACCGCCCAAUAAGCUAGAUCCGGCACAUUCAUUUCCAGCGCCGGGGACCGAGUCUCAUGGUAUUUAUACGAAUUGGCAGUUUAUAAUUGUUUUUGUUUCAAUCUCGUUGGGUUUCAAUGCAUCUUUUCUAGGAACGGUUAAUAGCUGGAAUGGAGGACAGGUUUUUCUUCCAGCGAUGCUCCUACUUCGGCGCAUAUACAACCUUCUCAGACCCAUUAACUUACUCGCAAUUUCAGCCGGUGUCAACGUGGCCAACGUUGCCGACGGGCUAGAUCUGGCCCAGAUGGCACACGGUGUGAACACCACACAGCUCGAGUCAAGCCUAUUUCCGGAUGAUAUGUUCUGGGGGGUUGUGCACACAAACCCGCAAGAGUUUGCCUCGGGGUUCAACUUCACUGGCAUCGCACGGAGUCUGAACAUGGGAGAGAUUCUGCCAUCGAUUAACGUAACGCAGAUUGCGUCAGGCCUUCAGAUGGCAGACCUUGUAUCCGGUCUCAAUGUCACAAAUUCAGUGCCGGCUGCGUAUAACGAAUUUCCUGCCGGUGUGCAUGACUUGAGGUCGGCGCUCUGGAUUUAUCCCACUUUGAUGUUUACCCAGACGCUCAGUUCUGUUUUCUUCGGGCGUCUCUCGGACUAUGUUGGUCGUCGGUGGAUUUUUCUUUUCGGAAACGCGGUGUCGCUCGCCGCAUUCCUCGCAGCGGGACGCUCUGACCAGGGCGUCAACAUGACUGGCUUGAGUGCUCUCUUGGGAAUUGGUACAGGGAUUCAGGUCCUUGGGCCCUGGCUGGCACUGGCCGAACUGGUUCCUGUCCGCCAGCGGUUCACGGUAACAGGGCUCUGUCUGAGUCUUCUUGGUCCCCUACUAGUUUUGCAUGUCAUUGUUGUUUCUGCACUGGAACGGAACACAAGCGAAGGAUGGAGAUGGGGCUAUUAUAUUAAUGCAAUCUUUUCGUUCGCUUCAUUAAUAGGGCUGUUCAUUGCAUAUCAUCCGCCAACAUAUCACCAAUUGCACAACCAUCCCGUCGACGAUCCUCCAGUCAAAGACUGGCUGGGCCUGUCUAUAUUUACCACUGCUAUUGCGAUGGUCACUUAUUCCCUCGGCUGGGGAAAGUUUAUCUGGGUUUGGUCCGCUCCCCAGACAAUCGCCGUUAUCACAAUAAGUGGUUUUGUAUUGCUUGCGUUUUUGGUAUAUGAAUACAACUACGGCAACGACCACAAUGCUUACCCAGCCUACUUGAUGCGAAGUCUCACACAUGUGUCGCAGAUGGCUCUCGCGGGGUUGCAUUCACUUGUCUGGUGGUUUGCACCUAUAGCUCAACUGGUCGUCUUUUUGACAGUGACGCCUCGAUUUGGCCUACAAGGAGCAUGGGAGAACUUGUGGGCCGCUGGGCUGGUAGCCGGCUUUUUGCUGGCUUCUCUAACAUUGAUCCAGCCAAAGUACCUCAAAUGGCACGUCGCCGUGGGUGCAGUCUUUGGGAUGGGAUUCCUUGCUUGCCUCAGGGCCUUGAUCCAUACAAAUCAGUAUCGCCUAAGCAUGGCGUUCUUCUUUCUGGCAGGCCUGGGGCACGGAUAUGUGACGGUGGUCCUGUACGUGACAGGACCCAUGUCCGCUCAUAAGCGCGAUAUGGGGCUCGUCGUGGGUCUGGUGUCGGCUUACAGAAAUAUGAUCUUCUCUGUCAUCCGUAAGACUCGAACUUCUCUAUUGUACGUCAAUCAACUGAUGGGCAAGAUGCAAAGGAUCCUACUCCCAGCAUUCGCAAAGGCAGGGCCCGUACCAAAAACUUUAAGAAGCAUCUUAGAUGGUAUCGCAGAGGUCCAAGCGACUGGUGAUAUGCGCGCACUGACCCAGCUUCCUAUUACGAAGACAAUGACCAAUGCCCUGGCUACGACCUGCGGGCGAUCGUGGCAGUACGUCAUUGUGCUCGCUUAUAUAUACUUCUUCGUUGUCAUGAUUUAUAGUUUUGUGGCGCCUAGCACUGACAGGUACCUGUCUGACCGGGUGAAUGUUCGUUUAAACCGUGGUGGUUUGGACUUGGGUGGUUUCUUGCGGCUGCCAUCGCUGAAGGGCAAGGCGCCUCAGGAGAAGGCACCUCAUGAGCAGACACCUCAGGAAAAGACGCCUCAAGAACAGGUAUCUCAGGAACAGGCGCCCCAGAUGCAGGCGCCUCAGGAACCGAAAGAAGAAAAUUGA